AAAUUAAACAAAAAGGAUAUAUUUAUUUAACAAAAUUUUAAUGUAGUAAAUUAAUUGUGGAAUAUAUAUUAAAUUUAAUUAGAUUUGUUAAGCAGCCGGCAAACGAAACGAUAAAAAAAUGGGUAAUGGCUUAUCAACUGUAAAUAUGGCAGCAGCACCAGAAAUGCCGAAAAAUCAUACCCAUUUAAAAAUGGGAGAUGGAUCACCACCUCCUGAAUGUCCAAUGCAUCAGAAGCAAGAUGUAACGAAAUCUCCAGAACCUGUUGUUAAAUCGUCACCUGUUUCUGAAUGUCCUGUACAGCAUGGACAAGGUGAUAUAAAUCCUCUUAAUAUGAUGCCACCCGCUAAUCAGCAACCAGCACCAGAUCAGCCGUUUCCACUGCCUACAGAUCGAGUAACUUCUAGUAUACCAAAAGUCACGGAAGACGGUAGUGUACAGUUCUGGCAAUAUCCGUCUCAACAGAUGUUCUGGAAUGCUAUGCUACGGAAAGGUUGGCGAUGGAAGAAUGAAGAUGUAAGUCAAAAAGAUAUGAGUGAUAUCAUACAUAUACACAAUGCUAAUAAUGAGCAAGCUUGGAAAGAAGUACUUAAGUGGGAGGCGUUACAUGCACGCGAAUGUGGCAAUCCUCGAUUAAAAAGUUUUGGCGGCAAGGCAGCAAAUUUUAGUCCCCGUGCGCGUUUCCGUAGCUGGUUAGGAUACGAAUUACCUUUUGAUCGUCACGAUUGGAUAGUUGAUCGCUGUGGAAAGGAUGUACGAUAUGUCAUUGAUUAUUACGAUGGUGGACUCGUUGAUAGUGAAUACAAGUUUGCUUUACUUGAUGUACGUCCAGCUAUGGAUUCAUUUGAUAAUGUUUGGGACCGCAUGCGUGUAUUUUAUAUGCGGUGGAAAUUUAUUGCGUUAGACAAAUUUAGCAGUAACAAUACAAAUACUAGCAAACCUACUGAUAACCAAAAAAUUGAUCAAUAACUUUUGAAUUACAAACAAUGGCGUUCGAAUACAUUGCCCCUUCACCUAACAAAAUUAUACUGUUGAAUUACAUUUAUUUGUUACGAUAAGACUUUAUUUAUAUUGCAACUAGUUAUUUGCCACCUAUGUAGUAUAAAAUUAUAACAAUAAAAUUUUAUGC